UUCAGUCGCUCGCCGACACUCUCGCCGCCAGCACGCGAGAGCCGCGAUGCACGUUGUCUACGCUUGACGCAUUCAGUCGCGUUCCGUGUGUGUGUGCCAUCGGUGAUCCGAGACCGGAGCUCAUUCGAGUCGCGUGCAGUGCCGCCGAAGCGAGUGCAUCCCGGAUCUUACGGCCGGAGCCGGAGCAGCCAGCGCCAGCAGCCGGUGCUCGUUGCCCAGCGCCGCUCAGCUGACUGCCAGCGCCUGCAGCCUACGAUAGCGCACGAGUAGCGGCGGCUGUCGUUCCGCGAGCGGCGCAGGCCUGGGCGCGGUGACGGUCGCGGGCGCGAGCGCGGGCGCGGGCGCGGGCGCGUGCGCGGCGCGCAUGGCGAGCGCGGGCGCGCAGUACCGCGGCGGCGGCCAGCAGUGGGCCGCCACGUACGCGCCGCAGCCCUGCCGGUAUCCGCCGCCGCAGCCGCAGCCGUACGCGGCGGCGCCGAGCCCUUACACGCCGCACCAGUACACGGGUGCGACGAUGGGCGGUGGUUGCGGCGCGACCGGGACGCGAGUGCCGACGGCGGCGUCGCCGGCCAACACGGCGUCGUCGUCGUCUUCCAACACUGGCUCGGCCGGCGGCACGCGGUCGACCAGCCUGAGCACGGCGCCGCCGCCGCCGGCGUCCUCCGCCUCCACCACCGGCGCCAGCGGCGAACAGCUCAGCCGCACUAACCUAUACAUACGCGGCCUUAACCAAAACACCACCGAUAAGGACCUCGUCCAAAUGUGCCAGAUGUAUGGCAACAUUAUUUCAACAAAAGCAAUAUUGGAUAAAAAUACGAAUAAAUGUAAAGGUUACGGUUUUGUAGAUUUUGAGACGAUCGCGUCGGCGGAGGCUGCGGUAAAAGGAUUACAAGCCAAAGGUGUUCAGGCCCAGAUGGCUAAAGUGGGUAUCUGGUUCCUGCGUAGACUGAACCGUCAACAGGAGCAGGACCCGACCAACUUGUAUAUGGCGAACCUGCCGCCGCACUUCAAGGAGAAUGACGUGGACCAACUCCUGGCCAAGUUCGGGCAAGUGGUGUCCACGAGGAUCCUCCGCGACACGCACGGCCAUAGCAAAGGGGUCGGCUUCGCGCGGAUGGAGUCACGGGAAAAGUGCGAGCAGAUCAUUCAGAUGUUCAACGGCAACCCGAUCCCGGGCGCCAAGGAGCCUCUGCUAGUGAAGUUCGCAGACGGCGGCAACAAGAAGAAGUCCCUGUACAAUAAACAGGACAACAAUGGACGCAUCUGGAGAGACAAUAACGAAUCAAUCACGCAGGCGAUGAGCGUGAGCGGCGUUUACGCGAGCGGCGUAGGCGGCGCGGGCGCCGGCGGGGAGUGCGCGGGGGUGUACCGCGGGGGCGGGAUGUACGGCAUGGCCGCCUUCCACCACCACCCGCAGCUGCACCACCACCACCACGCGGCCCAUCCCGCGGCCUGGCUGCCGGCAUAUGCCGCGCUCAUCCCGCCCGCUCACCCCACCCAUGCGGCUCACCCGGCUCAUCCGGCUCACCCGGCGCAUAUACCCAUGGACUCCGUGCCUAGCCAAUACGUAAACUGGGACAGCAUAAGGCCGGAUAGUGAAUUAUACUAUUUCGCGUCGCACCCGUACCAGUACUUCACGGGGCCGACCCCGCCCAUCAUCCAGAUGCCGAUGGAGAGCGAGCACGCCUCCACGGCGGCGUCGCCCGACGAGGCCUACCAGACGUACCCGCCUCCCAAGUAGACCAUAAGCCACGCUUCGAAAAUCCAUGCUGUACACGAGCCAAAAAUCAAAGCAACUGUGACUUUUUACAAUGUUAAUUUGUUUUAGUUUUAAUUUGCGACCGUUGUAGACUUCAUCGAAAGCUCCGCUGCCUAGUGCAAGCCGUACCGCGCUCGUCUCGGUCUGCUGACCCCUCGUCUAGUGAUUUUUUGAUGAGGUCUUUUGACGGUUCGAGGAGAGGAUUUGAUGUAUAGAUAUAGCUGCAAUUUUAAAAUGUGUUUUUACAUUAUAAUUUUAUUAUUGUUUUAUGGAAAUUUAAAUUAAGAUUUUUAGGCGCUGGUUUUCAAAAUGUUAACAAGAUUAUUUAAGAUAGUUAGGUAUUUAUUUUAGCAUAGUUUAAUUUCACGGUGAAAAUUUUCAAAUUUAUGCUUGUCCUCUGGACGAGAUACAUUCGUAAAAAAUUUAUUUUUAUUCAGUGUCAUAUUUAAAACUUUAAGUAAAAUGGAAAAUUUUAAUCGGUUAUUGAAAGGUUUUAAAUUCUCGUCACGAACAAAGCGUGCAGUGAACAUUCGAAUCAUCACGAGUAGGUUUUGAAAAGCUGAGGUUUUAUUUUUACAUGAUAGUUUUAAUUUCUUGAUAACGAUGGAGAGAAAGAAAGCAAUAUCUGAGGGGAAGGAUAGAAGUGUAAGUGAAGGAAAAGGUCAUAUCAUGUGAAAUCAAAGAUAUAUGCUAACAAAGUGUAAAGAAUUGACUAAUGUGUGUUACGGUUAGGAAGGGUGGGUUCACCGAAUAGCUCUUGUAUGAUAAAUAAAACGGUGAAGAUUUAGAAUCUUCCGUUAAAAUUAGGUAUUUUUAAAAUACGAUCAAAAGAGAAACUCUUUUUGCCAUGUUGUAGGCGAACAGCAAUACAAAAAAUGAAUUGAACAGAUGUAUUGAUUUACAUUGCUUACCCUAAUACUACGACAGUUGGCACGCGGAGCAACGGCCGCGCGAGCCGUGAGUUCAUGUUGAUUGUUUGACGUUUGUGUAUGUUUAACAUGUGUUUGGCAUGGUGCUUUAGUCGUUUUAUUUCUAAAAUGGUACUAUACCUACCUGUACAGUAUUAUCUAUCCUUAUUACAGUCAUAGUUCAUACCGGCGCUGUCUUCCAUGGAUCAGAUGUACCUAAAAUAUCAUAAUUUGUAAAGGAUGCAAAAUUAGUACUCGAUAUGAAAUGUCAUGUGCCCGAACACCAUUCGCCGCGGCCGCUGAGGCGCCGCCCGCGACCCGAGAGCCCUACGCUGCUGUAUUACGAGAACCGUCGAAUCAUCACAAUUAGUUCAGUAGUUCAACUAAUUUAUUCUUGUAUUUAUCGCAAUAGUAACUCGUCAAUAACUGAGAACGUCGUUGCCAAACCCCGAAUCAGACUGAAUUUAUGUAUACUGUAACUGCAAAGUAUUUCUGUACCCGCGUUUUGACUCGACUCGCUUGCGCGGCGGGCCGACCCGGCCCGCCCGGCACUCGGUGCCGCACAAGGCAACAUUAGCAAUAAGCAGUUGUAUUUAAAGUCUAUUUAUACAUUUUACGAGUCUAUACAAAUUUUUGUACGUGAAAACUCAUGUUCGAAUACGUGAUUAAUGAAGUGAUCCUUUUUUGAGAAUCAUAUACUGAAUCAACUGUAGUUGUUAUUUUGUAGGCGGUCGGCACAUUCCACUAGAAAACUUCAAACGAAAUUCCACGAUUGAUUUCCACAUUAUGAAAUGUAAUGGAUUUGAAAUCCAAAGUGUAACACCGUUUUGGUGUGUGAGCACUUUUUGUACCAUCACGUAGGUUUUGGGUACACUUUAUGACUUUAUAUGAAAUUUGAUAUUUUUAUAUUGAAUAUAUAUAAAUUAUACAUGGAUAUGUAUACAUGUAUAUACAUUGUUGAUGGGUACGAGUAAAAGCCUACUAUAUCGCAACUGUUUAAUUCUAUUUUGGCACGUCAAGAGUUUCAUCAGAACCAAAGUAUACAAAUCAUUAAAGUCGAGUAAGAAGUAGGAAAAUAUUUAUACAACUCAGGGACUGAAGACUAGUUAAAUGUUUGAUAUAUUAACUGUAUUUUAACUGACAUUAAGCGGUAACCUCUUUGUUCAAAACCUGUGAACCGACUUUAUGUAAAACUAUACAGGAACUGAGACUAGCUGACGACAGGUUUUGAAUGAAUAACGUAGAUUUCGAAAUGAAUAAGUAGAACUGUAUUUGGUUUUCUUAAAUAAAUUUUCGUUCAUGUAAAAGGCUGAAAUUGUACUGUUGUUCCGUAAAUGAGUUAAUUUUGGGAUGUACAUAAGUUAGCUCGUGAACACUCGUUUCCAUUUGACGACUGCUGCCCGCGCCGAGGCGCGACGCCGCGCGAUGCCGGUUCGAAGAAACUCAACACAAAAGCGUAUUGAAAAGUGAGAUUUUUAUUAGUGAAAUGUUCGAUCGUAACGUACUGAACCAUAAUACUCCGUAGAUCAGUAUUAUACGCGUAUAAUUUCUGAUCAAGCCAAAUUUAUUGAACUGACUAAAAAACCGCCUUUACUUCUUGUGAAAAUAAUAAUAACCAUGAAGUGCAAUGUAGUACCGAGCGUCUGGUACUUAGUUAAGUAUGAUCGUCUAGUGUUCGACGUACACUGUGGCUUCCUGUAAAAGCAGUCUUCCGAUAGAUAUUUCCGCUGAACUUGCAUUUAAAUUGAUGUCAACGUAUUAAAUUGUUUUCACAGUAAAAGUUCUUUUGACUUUCCCGCGUCGUGUAACCGGUAUGCGGCACCAACCCCCUGUUCCGUUCUCCAAGACUACGUAUAGUUUCAUUCCACAAUGCAAAUCGUUGUUCCCUUAAUUAACGUGUAAUGCAAAUAAUUAGAAUAGACACACCGACGUUGUUUUAAGUGAGUAGAGAUAGCGUGGCACGGCCGUGUAGUGUAACACCGACAAAGCGAAGUAUUUUAGCACCAAAUUAUUUUUCUAAAUGCUUUCCUUCCAUUAAAGCAAUAACUUAAUUUGAUGGUAGUGCCUUCAGCUUCAGUAAUAAUCAGAUACAAUAUAGCAGUUGCAUGUGCUUUACACAAUAUUUUUACAGGUAAUAGAGAACUUACCGUAUUCGUAAACGUAGUGAUAAUGUAAAAACUAUGUUUAAAAUAUUUUUUAACAACUAAAAAUGAUAAUGUGGCUGUCUAAUCGUUGCAUUUUUCACACAUGGUGUAAAAAAUUAAAUCGAGAGUAAAACCGUAGAUGUUCCUAGUUAACACUAACAUUCUUACAUGUGUGAUAAGCGUACUUUGAGAUUACGGACGAUGGUUAGUGCCUGGCCCCAGGCACGAUGAGCACAAAUGAUGCGUAUUGGGGAACCAAUUCUCGAAAACCAAAACUAUGAUUCAAAUAAAAUCAUGUCGAUGAAAAUAAUUCAAGUGUUAAGUAAAUGUUUUAAAAUUAAGUCGUUAAAUAUAAGUGAACGCUCGACUUGUUUUGCAUCAGUGAAUAGUGAAGCUAUAGGAACGACGAUAAAAGAUGGCUAGUUUUAGACUAGGCUUAACUAUAGAUAGGCUAGAAUAGCAAAAAAUGUUUCGACGCUAAGAUAGAUAGAGUAGAGACCUAGUUUAAUAUAUUGGAGCGCCGCGGCGCGCGGGGCGGCCGGCUCUAGGGUAGUUUCCUUUGUUAGUUUAUUAAAUAAUUUAAUUUGAAUGGACUGAAGCCGCGCCCCCGCGCGCCGCGCGCCUAGUUAAGGAGGAUCUAAGGAUUAGUGAACACAUUCUUGGUAAGUUUCAGUUGAACAAGUUUGCUUUCACCUCUUUUGUUAUGUAGUUGAAUAAGUGUAAAGAAAGAAAACAAAUGAAAAAAAUCUGUCGGAAGUGUCGAUACGAAUGUAAUUGUCCAAUGUGUAUUAAUAUAGUGUGGUGUUCUACCCAGCAGACUAGUCUAGACAGUAGAAUAGUUUAGUUAAAAAUUUAGUUAGGUAGUCUAGAAAUACGAAAUGCAAAAAUAAAAACUUCAUAAAAUGUAAAAAAAAAGAAAUGAAAUUGUUGGUAAGAAAGAAUAUUUUUAAGGGACAUGUUGCUUCGUUGUGUUAUGGUGUGAGGUUUGGCAUAACUAUGAUAAUAGUGUAAAAGCAUUUCUCGCAGAGAAAAGACAGAGGAAAGUUAUGUAUCUAUUUUGUUACAAAGUGUUUGCAAGUUUCUAUAUUGUGCUAUGAGCAUUUUAUGUGACCCGCAUUAUUUAUAGUUAUGCUGAAUGGAAACUAAAAUAAUAUAUAAAUAAAUCAAAAUGGUACUAAGAAGCAUGUUUUAUUGUGACAAGUCAUGUUCCUUUGCAUUGAACAUAUUUUGUAAGAGCAAAUGAUUGAAAUAAAACAAGCGAAACCAAAUCUA